AUGUCAGUCUAUGAGAAAUUAAAGGAAUUAAAUAUUGAAUUGGGUAAGCCAUCAACUAAUGUCGCUGCCUACGUUAUGGCUGCGCAAACCGGUAACACUGUAUUCUUGUCGGGUCACAUUGCCAGACGUUCUGACGGUACUGUCUGGGUCGGUAAAUGCGGUGCCAACAUCAACACUGACGAAGGAAAGGAUGCCGCUCGUUCGAUCGCUGUAGACUUGAUCACCACUCUACACUCACACACCGGAGAUCUCAACAAGAUCAAGCGUAUCGUCAAGGUAAUGGGAUUGGUCAACUCGACACUCGAGUUCACCGAGCAUCAUCUCGUCAUGAACGGUUGCUCCGAACUCCUUAAUCAAGUCUUUGGUGAAGUUGGACGUCACGCCCGUUCUGCAUUCGGUGUCGCUCAAAUCCCAUUGGGUGCAUGCGUCGAAAUCGAAAUGAUCGUAGAAGUCUGUUAA